CAUAAAGAAAGCCAAAAACUCUUUCUUUGAAGGAAAAAGGUAACGAGAAGAAAAAGUUGAGAAAAGCAAAGCCUAUGCUCUUUGGAGGAAGAGCUAGCAGCUAGGUGGGCCUCUCGCCACAACACCCCCCCCCCGGGGGGUAUCAAUUAUUGGAGUCACUACUCUCUCAGCUGCUUCAAAUUGUAGACUGUAAUAGCCCCUUGGGGAAGAAGAAAAACCGAAGCUCUCCUCAGAGCUGAAGUCUUCAUUAGAGGCAGAGAUGGCAAUAGCUUCAUCUAUGAACCCCACACCUUCAUGGUUUACUCCCAAGAGCUAACUAGGAAAUUAAUCAUGAAACCAAUGGAUGACUUCUUCAGUUCUUUAACAGGCCUUUUGAAGUGUCCCUUCAUUGGUGCUUGAAAGAAAAUAAAAGGACAAAAGGAAUUAUUUUUCAUAAUCAAUUAUUAUUUGUUACUUGUUAUGUUUUGUGUGAUAAACUUGUUAAACUAUUUGGACCGAGGAGCAAUAGCUAGCAAUGGUGUUAAUGGACGUCAAGCAACUUGCGCAAAUGGUACCUGUAAGCCCGGUAUCGGAAUACAGGGGGAUUUCAAGCUAAGCAAUUUUGAGGAUGGAAUUUUAUCAUCUGCUUUUAUGGUUGGACUUCUUGUGGCUUCUCCAAUAUUUGCGUCUCUUACAAAGAGUGUAAAUCCGUUUAGGCUCAUUGGAGUUGGAUUGUCUGUCUGGACUCUUGCAACCUUAUGCUGUGGUUUCUCAUUUAAUCUCUGGUCCAUUGCAGUCUGUCGCAUGCUGGUUGGUGUUGGUGAGGCUUCAUUUAUAAGUCUUGCAGCACCUUUCAUUGAUGAUGUUGCACCAGUUUCUCAGAAAACAGCUUGGCUUGCAAUAUUUUACAUGUGUAUACCGUCAGGAUUUGCAGUUGGCUAUGUCUAUGGAGGCUUUGUUGGGAGUCAUUUUGGUUGGCGGUAUGCAUUCUGGGUGGAGUCUGUAUUGAUGCUUCCAUUUGUUAUUUUUGGAUAUUUUAUGAAGCCUUUGCAUUUGAAAGGUUUUGCUACUGCUGAAUCGAAAACGACACUGGCAACUGAGACAGUUUCAUCAGAAGUUCAAGAUAUGGGAGCUUCAAAUAACUCAAUGUCCUUGAAGGCGUUGUUCCGAAAUAGUAGCUCACAUGAGGCUUCCAAGCCCAAAGCUGCGUCCAGGAAAUCAAAUCAAUUGUUGACUUUUUUGGAAGAUAUGAAAGUGCUUUUGCUAAACAAGGUUUAUGUCAUCAAUGUCUUAGGUUACAUAGCGUACAACUUUGUCAUAGGUUCUUACUCAUAUUGGGGCCCCAAAGCUGGUUAUAACAUAUAUCACAUGACUAAUGCAGAUAUGAUAUUUGGUGGAAUCACAAUUGUAUGUGGAAUAUUGGGCACAUUAGCAGGUGGCUUUCUUCUGGAUUUCAUGACUAACACGCUAUCAAAUGCAUUUAAGCUUCUUGCAAUGACAACAUGUAUUGGUGCAACAUUUUGCUUUGGUGCAUUCCUAUUUAAAAGCUUGUAUGGCUUCCUUGCUCUUUUUGCUGUUGGUGAAAUCCUUGUCUUUGCCACCCAGGGUCCUGUGAAUUAUGUAUGUCUGCAUUCUGUUGAAACAAGUUUGAGGCCCCUAUCAAUGGCUAUAUCAACUGUUGCUAUUCAUGUCUUUGGAGAUGUGCCUUCCUCACCUAUUGUUGGAGUUGUUCAGGAUCAUAUCAACAACUGGAGGACAACUGCUCUGCUUCUAACUGCUGUAUUUUUUCCGGCAGCUGGAUUCUGGUUUAUAGGAAUAUUCUUACGUGGCAAAGACAAAUUUAAUGAAGAUAGCGAGAAUGUAAUAUUUUCUGGAGAACCCUCAAAUACGCCGUUGCUUCGAGUGAAGCCUGGAGAAGCAGUAGCAAUAGAAGUAGCAUCAAAAUCUAAAUCCCCUGAAUGUUAAUAUUCUGAGAUGAUUAUAGAAGCAAUGUCCAAGAGGCAAAAUUUGUGAAGAUCAGAGGAAGGGUAUCAAUGCCUUGUAAAUAGUCUUUGCUUUUGCUUCUCUGCUUUGUUUGUUUUCUUGGUGGGGAGAUAUGGCAGUGAAUGUAAGUAAUAGUUAUGUGAUUAUAUUUGGUUGAUGAUUUUGAGUUGCUUAACUUUAACCAAACUGUAUCUGUAUAUCUCAACAACUAGUAGUUUGAUAUAUAUAUAUAUAUAUAUAUAUAGCUGAA